AUGGAGGAUAAGAUUCGUUGGUGUAGGAGUGGUCUCCGUUUCAACAGACGCUGGUUAGAUAAAGAAGGUCUUUUUGGGGCUAUUACAGAGGGCUGGGGCUCAGAUACAAACCCUCGGCCAGGUAAUUUUGUGGAUAAGAUUGUUACGUGCAGGCAUGCCAUUUCUCGCUGGAGGAAGGCACAAAUGCCAUAUGGACGCGAAACUAUUGAGGAUUUAAAAUCCAAACUGGCGGCAGCACAGGCGGAUGAUGCUAGUUCGGUUGAGGAACUUGCAGCUUUGACUUGGCAACUUCGGGAAGCGUAUCGGGAUGAGGAGGUGUAUUGGUUUCAGAAAAUUUGUUGUCGAUUGAUGAGAUUUGGGGAUCAUAAUACCAGUUAUUUUCAUGCUCAGACAAAACAACGGCGGGCAAAGAACCGCAUUGUUGGUCUUCAUGAUGACAAUUGA